ACACAAAAGCUGCAACUCUCUCUGUUUGAUCCAUGGCGGCGGCGGCGACAUUAACAAUAACAUUGGUAACAGCAUGGCUAGUACUAUGUACUACUUCAUCCUACGCAACUCGCAAGGUUGGUGGCAAAACAGAGAUCUCAAACGUGAGAACAAAUGAGGAGAUACAAGAACUCGGGAAAUUCUCAGUGGAAGAGUAUAACCGGAGUGUGAAAAUAUGGAAAGAAGGGGAAGGGGAAUUAAGGUUUGUGGAAGUGGUGGAGGCACAACAACAAGUAGUUUCUGGAAUCAAAUACUAUAUGAAGAUUUGGGUUACACAGGUGAAGAGUGAUGGUGUUGAGGAUCCUACUAUGUUUGAUUCUGUUGUGUUGGUUAAACCAUGGCUUAGUUCUAAACAUCUUCUUCACUUUGCUCCUUCACCACAAUGACGGUUUAAUUCUAGUUUAGUUACUUAAUUUGGUUUCAUAUAGCCACUACUUAAUCAUGUACUAAAUCAAUUUUCAUGUAUGUAUCAACUAUGAACUACAUGUAUCAAUCAUUUAACUUCUCUAGUA